AUGGCAGCCAGCGGCGGCAGCGAGCGGCGGUCGCGCCGGGGUCCUGCACCUAUAGCUUCGUUCGACCACGACGUUUCUGACGAGUCAAGUCCGGAGACAAAGCAGGCAUUCCGAUUGCCUGAAAUUCGCGAGGACCCUUCGGGCACUAGUAGUGCUACGGCCGAAUCUCUCGCACCACCUGAACUACGAGCUCGCUCCCACUCAUCGCCCGCUGUACAUGCUGCCUUGCAGGCACCCACUGCACCACGUAUUGACAUUUCACGGGCCUCAAGCUCCAGCCAUCAUGAUUCUCGCGACAGCUCUCCUGAGCUAGCACUGUUCGCAGGCACAGGUUCAGGUGAAGAAGCUAGAGCUAAAUUAGACAUCGGAUUUAGAGAAGACGGUGCUUUAGACUUGCGUUCGUCGACAGAAGAACUCGCUUUUUUGGAAAAUCCUCCUGGCAGUACUGAAACUAAGGCACCUACAACAGCGCCACCUUCUCGGAGACAUUCACGUAAAGACAGCCAAGGUUCUGAAACUGCGUUACUGGGGGUGUCAGGUCGCACUAGUAGACUUUCCAGUGUAGGAUCACAAUGCUCGGCUCAUUCGGCUUUGUCAGGCUUCAGCCACGUAAGUCACGUCUCAAGACUCUCAGUAGUCUCUGGGAUGUCUCGGUCUCCUUCACCCCACAAAAUGUUGUUAGAAACCUCAUUUUGUGGUCCGAAACCAAUAGAAAACGACCCUGAAAUUUGUGCUGCUGCAGUAGAAGAGCGACUAUUAGAAAUCGCAAAAAUGUCUACUGAAACUGUAACACCUACACCGCCAGUAGAUGCACGAGACCGCCGGGAAAUUCAAACGGAAGUUACAGUAGAAAGUUCCAGUGUACGGUCGAGCAGUUCAGCUCGGGUUAUUUCUCCAAUUACUCCAGCUACCACACCAUCUCCUUUACAAAAGCCUGCAGCAGUGGCGGUCCCAACCAUAGCAUUGACAACAGUGUCUCCUGUCGAGUCAGUCACAACACUAAAACUUGCAGCACAACCCACGACGGUCCCAGCAGAUGAAGAAAAGAGAUUAAAAGAAACAAGAAAUCGUGCCCGUGUUGAAGAACGGCGAGCGAGGUCGAAGGACCGUCGGGAUCAUUCCGAACCGGAAGUUUAUAAAACCUCAAAUAGAUCAAAAGACAUCAUUCGCAUCAAACUUAAGUCCGAUGAUGCAUAUGAUGAUGACGAUGAUGAUGAAAGCGAUAGAACUCUGGUAGGGGGAGAACCACUUCGAAAGCCUGUUAGUUUGGAAUUGAAUGAUAAUUGCGUGCGAACAACCCAACCAAAGGAUCCAGUUACACUUAGUCCACAAACCACGCGACGCCCGAGAGAUAGUAGAACGCCUUCACCAAGUGGUGCCCCUGUAUCACGAAAAUCAUCGUUUUGCUCUUUAUUUAAAUCAAAAGAAACUAUAGCUUCUCCGGACUCACCGUCGGACGUUUUAAAACGUAAAAAAAGUUUAAAUGAAGGGCGGUCUCGGAGUAAAAGCAGAGAUAGGUCAGUAACACCAACUUCGGCUGGAAAAAUAAAAGGAUCAGUUUUAUCGUUAUUUAAAACACCACGAAAAAGUGCGACAUCACCAUCACCGAGCUCGAGAGAUGGUUCGCCAGUUGUACAAUCACAGCGUCAAUUUCCCCAAAUGCCUGUUGACCGUCCAAAGGGGGAAAAACUAAAAUAUUACGAAGAUCCAAAAGAAGGCAUUAUUCAUAUCCCUUUGCGCACACCCCCUGAUGAAUUAGAUACUACUAGUGACAAGGUGGAGUCGGUAGCUCGUGAAGUUCCUCGUCCGUCUUCUGCGCCACAAGUAAGGUCCAUGCCAGAGAGACCGGUGUCAGUGGCUUCGGCGCCUCUAGCUAAGCCUACCCAGAGAACUGUUCUGCCUGACGGCAGCAUUAUCAUCCCACUUCAUUCGCCUACAGAAAAAACUUCAGUUAAAUCGAUAAAACCAGAUGUAGAACCAACGCCAAAAACUUCAACACCUACAGAAGUAAUAAAAGCGGACCAAUUCUUACGCGAAACAAAAAUAAUAAACGAUAAUUCUAAAUCGAUAGAAAUAGAGAAACAUACUAGCAACGACUUAUGCGCAAGUACAAAAUCGUCAACUCCGAUUGAUCCAGUAAAAACAAAACGCAAAGAGCGCUUGAUAUUUACGACACAUGUAGGGAGCAGAGAUGAGCAAGUCUUUAGCACUCAAUUUAGUAUAACAAAGACUCCGAGCGUCACCAGUGAGAUUUCGGGGUCAAUACCAAGUUUUCCAGAAUGUGAGGAAGUCCGAGUAAAUCCAGUUGAGCCAGAACCUGUACCUACCCGUGCAAGCAGCGUCAACGGCGGUAGUGGUGUUAUAGGACGUAUAGAUGAGAACAGAGUAGACACAGUGGAUAGCAUUGAAAGCGCUAUUUUAGACGGUUCCCAACCGGGCACACCGCAAGACACAGGAAGAGACUCGUCAGAAUCGGAAGGCGGUUCCGACGUGCUAACACGCGGUGGAAGCGAUGUCGAGCGGCGCGGACUCGUGAUACAAGAGUCGUUUGAAGAGCUUCCUUAUGUACCAACUACACUGCCGCAAGAACGAUCAUUGGCGGUCCCUAUAGUGCCGGUGCGUGACCGGGGUGGUGUGCGCGUUGCAGGUUUGCAGCGGCCUCGGGCGGCACCUUCCGCUCUCGGGCCUUUACCAGCUCCUCCUACAACCACUGUUCCGGUUUCCUCACCGGCUACUGUUAGUUCUGUAGUAAUGUCUAUGGCAGCCGAGAGCAGCGAACGUUUACGAAUCCGUCUGCCUCGUCGACCGCGAGCUGCCUCAACUUCAGCAGCACCGCCGCGGCCAGAACGGGCAAGAACCCGAAGCGGUAGUGAAGUGGGAACAUCGCGAAAGUCGGAGUGGAUCGACUUUUCAGAGGUGCCGGAGCGACGCAAACAGCCAAAACGAAUACAAACACUACCAAGUGGUACGAGGGAGCCCGUCGUGUUCAGUUACGUGCCGCCCGAGCAUUGCCGCUGCGAAUGUCACACUCAUCCACCAGAUCACGAGCACCCGACAUCGCCACAUGACGACGAGCUGCCCUUGCUGCAACACGAUGCACAACUCAUUACAAUUAGCACGUCAUCAGCGGAGUGUGAUGCGGAGGAACCACCUACACAUACACAUAGGUUGGAUCUGCACAUAGCACCUUUCACCGCUGACUUCGAUCUUCACAACCACGAUGACCAUAUCGUAAGUUAUGCGUAUACGUAA